AUAUUGGGCGCUGAAAAGGAAGGACCCUUGUCCAGCGGGGAAACAACUACUCUACUACCAGCCAGAGCAGCAGCUGCAGCAGCAGCUUUAACUGGAAUUCACGUGUAUUUCGUUACUUUGCUCUCGAGCAUCGUAACACAGUGCAGUGUGUGAAACAUGGCUGAUAAAGAGGUGUACGAUGAUGCGGUGGAAGAAAGGGUCAUCAAUGAAGAGUACAAGAUCUGGAAGAAAAACACACCUUUCCUCUAUGACCUGGUGAUGACUCAUGCUCUUGAGUGGCCCAGUCUCACUGUCCAGUGGCUCCCAGAUGUCCGCAGGCCGGAAGGGAAAGACUACGCUGUCCACAGGCUGGUUUUAGGGACCCAUACAUCAGAUGAACAGAACCACCUUGUGAUUGCCAGUGUCCAGGUGCCAAACGAUGACGCCCAGUUUGAUGCCUCGCACUAUGACAGCGAAAAAGGAGCAGAGUUUGGUGGAUUUGGUUCAGUAAGCGGGAAAAUAGAGAUCGAGAUCAAGAUCAACCACGAGGGAGAGGUGAACCGAGCCCGCUACAUGCCCCAGAACCCCUUCAUCAUCGCCACCAAGACUCCUACGUCUGACGUUCUGGUCUUUGACUACACUAAGCACCCGUCUAAGCCAGACCCCAGUGGAGAAUGUAGUCCUGACCUGAGGCUGAAAGGUCACCAAAAAGAAGGAUAUGGUCUUUCCUGGAAUCCCAACCUCAGCGGAAACCUUCUCAGUGCCUCUGAUGACCACACCAUCUGUCUGUGGGACAUUGGCGGUGGCCCAAAGGAAGGUAAGAUACUGGAUGCUAAGACCAUCUUCACCGGACACACCGCAGUGGUAGAAGACGUUUCCUGGCAUUUGCUCCAUGAAUCCCUGUUUGGCUCAGUGGCUGACGACCAGAAGCUCAUGAUAUGGGACACUCGAUCCAAUAACACAUCCAAAGCCAGCCAUGCAGUAGAUGCUCACACUGCUGAGGUCAACUGUCUGAGCUUCAACCCGUACAGCGAGUUCAUUCUCGCCACCGGUUCUGCUGACAAGACGGUUGCAUUGUGGGAUCUAAGGAACCUGAAACUGAAGCUCCACUCCUUUGAGUCGCACAAAGAUGAAAUCUUCCAGGUACAAUGGUCUCCUCACAAUGAGACAAUCCUGGCCUCCAGCGGCACUGACCGACGCCUCAACGUCUGGGAUCUCAGUAAAAUUGGGGAGGAGCAGUCAGCAGAAGAUGCUGAGGACGGCCCACCAGAACUUCUGUUCAUCCAUGGUGGCCACACCGCCAAGAUCUCCGACUUCACCUGGAAUCCCAACGAACCGUGGGUCAUCUGCUCGGUGUCAGAGGACAACAUCAUGCAAGUCUGGCAGAUGGCGGAGAACAUCUACAACGACGAGGAACCGGACAACACGCCUGCAUCAGAGCUGGAGGCUCAGGCAUCAUAAGCAGCCCUGCAAAAAUCUGUCAGAACACCAUCUCCCUCUUCUCUUUCCUGAUCUCUAAGCCCUGCCCCUCCAUGACUUGUCCCUCCUCUCUCAUCUUCAGUCCAGUGCAAAAUGUAAAAUGUUCUCGCCACAUGAAUGAACAGCGUGGAGAGUCACAGAUACGGUGUGGACGACAGGCCGCUGCUUUCAGGCUCUUCUUGCUUACUCUUCAUCACCUCGGCCCAGGUACCUAAAGCACGCGAGCCCAUGACUAGAUACGAUCUCAAAUGUCGCUCCGCCUCCAGUGUCUGGGGGUUGGGAGCAGAGAAAUAAUCCUCCAUUCAUGUCAGAGAGUUUAAAGAAAAGAUAAGUGUUCUUUUUCAUUUGGACUCAUGAGGAGACAGGAAACCAGUGAAUAGGCUUCUGUGAAGACGUAAAUAUAGAAAGGAAACCUGCACAAUUGAAAUGUACCCGAACACUGCUUUAAAGAUACCUGAACUGCCCUUCUACCUGAUUAAUUUUCCCACCUGUUGAGCUGGUACUGCCAUAUUUACUGCCGAUCUUAAAGAAACAUUCCCCGUCGUGUUGGUUCUUGGUCGUCAGGUACAUUUAAAGAGUGGUUGUGUGAGGACCUGACACAGACAUGUGACUGUUGUCUGCAGCAGGAAUAGAUCCAGUUAGCAGUCGAAUGACUGCAAUUUAAACAUGUUUUAUCAGCUCUGAUUGGGAGAAAUGUGAACAUGCUAACUUCACCAUCUAUGACUUCAUUUUGGCAUGUUUGUUCUUUUCUUGCUGGAGGGAAAAAACAUCCAUCUCCUCUUCUGGUAAUAGAGAGAAAAGUGUUUUACGUAUAUUUAACAGUAUUCUCACAUAUAACUGAGAACCAGUCUGAGACAAAGAUGCCUGAUCAUAAUUAUUUUAACUUUCACAUUACACUCUUCCUGACUGGGGAUCUAUGUUUGUAAACCACUCGCUCUCCCGCAAUUUAGUCCACAGAGAUAAUCUGUGUUAUUAAACUCACAAGGAAACAGGAACUGCAGGAUUAUUACUACUGCCUCUUUUGGCAAGUUUGUGUUUUUUAGGUCAAUUUAGGAAUAGGGUGAGAUGGAGGCAGAUGAUAGCAGUGUCCCUAAAACGGAGAAGCCAAAAGAGGUAAAAGAAGUGUUUUUUAGGUCAAUUUAGGAAUAGGGUGAGAUGGAGGCAGAUGAUAGCAGUGUCCCUAAAAGGGAGAAGCCGAAAGAGGUAAAAUAAGUGUUUUUUAGGUAAAUGCAUAAAGAUUUCAAAGAUCAGUGUCGCAAAGAAGGGGGAGUAGCAGUGUGAGUGUUUACAAAGCAACAGAAACCCUCACUGUCUAACGUUUUACCUACAUGAGGGUCAUGGGAGUCUGGAGCCAACCCCAGCUGACGUAGGGUGAAAGGCGCGGUACAUGCAGGUCUCCAGUCCAGGCCAUCACAGGGCAAACAACCAUUUACUCUCACGAUCACACUUACGCUUGUCCAAUUAACGCGUGUGUGUUUUUGGACUGUGGGUGAAAUCCCACAUGCACACAGAAAUGCCUUUGGUCGAGCCAGGAUUCACACUGGUGACCUUCUUGUUGUGAGGCGGAUUCACACUGGUGACCUUCUUGGUGUGAGGCAACAGUGCUAGGCACUUCUCUGGUGUGUGGCCUGCGACAGAAAGUCGGUGUCGCUUCUGUAUCAGUACCUCACACAACCACACUUCAUAAAACCAUAAUUAUCUCUUUUUUUAACUCAGUAUGUGGCUCAAUUGAGGCGCGGGGCUCCGUUACUUUCUUCUUUUUCUCGUUACAUGUUCUUGUUGAAAAUGGCCUUGUAUUGUGUCCUGCUCCACAAUAUACAAUAAAACUUUUGUAACUUUUCAAAA